UCGAUAGAAUUCCAAGGCAAAAACUCCCAAAGCUGGAAGAAAUAAAACAAUUCAUAGAUAAACCGGUUACUCGAGGCACCAACCUUAAGCUCGGCUAGUUGAGCACAGCGUGAAGUGAUUCGCAACGCAGUGACUUCGAUUGAUUGGUAAAGUACUCUCGCAAUGGGGUUUUUCAGCGCCGCAUGUACAUCUGCAGCAAGACUUGAUGGCAAAACGGCAGUCAUUACAGGAUGCAAUACUGGUAUCGGAAAAGUUACAGCUAAGGACUUCUUUGAAAGAGGGGCUCGAGUAAUAAUGGCAUGCAGAGACCAGCAAAAGGCAGCAGCUGCAGCUGACGACAUUAAGGCUUCUUGCCAAUCAACAGCCAAACUCGGAGAACUGGUGAUAGAACCGUUGGACCUCACAAGUCUGCAAUCAGUCCGAAAUUGUGCUAAUACAAUUUUGGACAAGGAACCUUCAAUUGAUCUGCUGGUAAAUAAUGCCGGCAUAAUGAUCUGCCCAGAAGGGAAAACAGAGGAUGGGUUUGAAACUCAAUUCGGAACUAAUCAUUUGGGACAUUUCCUCUUUACGGUGCUUCUUUUGCCGAAAAUUAGUCAAAGCGAACGCUCGAGAAUAGUCACUUUGUCUUCUAUCGCCCAUGAACAAGCAAACAUCGAUAAUGUCACAACCUAUAGCCUGCACCCAGGAGUAAUAAGAACUGAGCUAGGACGCCAUAUGCGUUCCACUUAUGGGUCUGUGGCAUCGUUUAUUUGGAGUCUGUUCAGCUGGGCGGUUAAAACUCCUGAGCAAGGGGCCCAAACUACGAUUUACUGCUCAGUAGAUGAGAAAUGCGCAAACGAAUCUGGAUUAUACUACGCGGAGUGCGCUGUUAAAACUCCUUCGCAGGCAGCAAGUAAUAAAGAAGAUGCGAAAAGGUUGUGGAUUGAAAGCUUAAGACUCGUUGGCCUACCAAAUAACUAUAACCCAUUUAAAAAAGCUUAAGUUUUAUAUACUUAUAACCUUUUUUAUCUAAAAUAAAAACACUACACAAACUCAAAUUCACUAAACACACACGAAACAUCAGAACAGAAACGAUAAAAAGAACAAAACACUUUCGAUCACUAACAUACAAAGACAAAAGAAUUCGUAUCAAUACCGCGACAAAAAUAUACAAAGCGAUCUGCAGACCCCUCUUGGACUACGGACCAGAAAGGACAAAACAAUACGUACAAACAACAGAACAAAUUGCACUAAGACUAAUAACACGAAUAAGACACCCCCAAAACCCCCUGCACAACCCUUCCAACCAACUACUAUACGAACGCACAAACAUGACAAAAAUUUCGGAAAGACUAACACACUUACACACAAAAUGGACAAACAACCCCCACAACUGGACCAUACUGAAUCCCCUUUGCCUGACAAGACAGGCAAAACAUUCCCGUUUUCGUACCCCAACAGAUUUUUACUAGAACACCUACAUACGCAACUGAACUAACGACUAAGACCUGUUUGUUUUGUAAGCCAGGAAUUUUUUUUUAUCACUGAUUAGGUUAUACCAGUGUUAGGAAUAGGAAUUAAUUUUAGAAAAUGCUAAGCUAAGACACAUAUGUGUCAAGGGCAGAAAGACCCAUUGGGUCGAUGGAGCCUUUUCCUAUAGGAAAUAAAGAUUAUUACACUAUUUGUACUUAUCUAUAAUACUAAUAAAGAUUCAUACACCAGUC